AUGUCUUCAGCAACUCCAAGCUCACAGGACAUCGAUUUUGAUUCGAUUGAUUUUGACAAAAUCAAUUUCGAACAAAUUGACGUCGAUAAGCUUGACCUUGCCGAUUCUGGUAUUAUCCUCUCACUGCUUCAAACUCCACCUAAACCUGCACUGAGCAUAUGCCCUGUAGAAAUUUGGUCUCAGACCAUUUCAUAUAUCGACGAUAUCUUUACAUUGACUAGCUUGAAUUUAACAUGCAUGACGCUUAGAGAGAUAUCAAGAGAUCCUCUGUUACUGAGGUUGGUCCGUGAACCUCCUUUGGAUAGACUUUAUGAGUUUACAAGGGACGAAUUUUUGAGGGAAAAAUACGAGAGAGAAGAAAAAAAUAAUAAUAUGGGAGCCGAGAACGAGAAUUCAGCUGUCAUUGAGAAAAAGAAAACGCCUAAAGAAAAGUUUGAUGAUAAAAGGGAUUUAAAAGAGGUUAUAUUCAAAAUGCAUAAAUAUGUUGAUCGGUUAUUAUUGAGUGAUGUAGGACCCGAUAAGUGGACGGAUAAUGUGUUUGAAUGGGUGGGUUAUGAUGAAAAUAAAGAUGUGACGACAAAUAGAGAGAUAUUUAGGCGAGAAGCGGGUCGAAUCGGCAAGGCAAAAACAAAAGCCUUUGUUGAUUGGGAAGCGAGGAUUGAGAAUGAAAAGAAGAUUAUGAGAAGAGAACUUGCUAGGGUGUGGACUAUUGCCGGGAAGAUGUUUCCUUUCAGUCACGCGGAGAACAGAGAGUGGAAAAGAAAGCGUUUGGAAAGAACCCAGGUUGACGAAAACUCGUCCUCCCCGCCCUCAGGGGAAAACAAGGAGAACGUUGCUUCGCAACAAAGAGAAAAUAAGUCCAUCCGAGGUACGAAGAAACUUGAAUCAAAACCUAAACAUUUUGCCAAUUUUCAGGAUCGUAAUGUCGGGUCAUCAACUGCGGGCUCGGGAUCAAAAGAAAGGCGCUCUGACACGAGAUCAUCCUCAAAUUCAGACGAGCCAUGGAAAUAUUCUCAUGAAAUUCGUAAUCAACUCAAAGCAAAACGCCCAAAUUUGGAUAAAGGUGAGAAGGAAUUCAAGCGACAAAUUUCAACGCCGUUUGUUACACCGACUUAUUUUAGCUACGGAAGAACGUUCGAAGACCUAAGGAAUGAGGAUUUGACCAAUUUUAUGAUCAAAAUUAUGAAAAGGUUUUGUGAAAGUGGUGAACAAGUUCUUAGAUUUCCAUGUGAGUUGACCGGAUAUCAAAGGAAAAGAUUACAUCGACAAGCAGAAUUGCUGGAACUGAAUAGCGUUAGUUUUGGCGAUGGGGAAGGAAGAUUUUUGGUUGCGAUGAAGCAGGACGUUGAGUUGCUCAGAUGA